CUCCCUCCGGUAGUACGAAGUUUACAAACAAAGUCGCUCUUACUUAUGGAAUGGUUCCACUCGGAAUCCCGGAAACAGGGGUGAAUGUAUGCCCUCAGGAGUUCAAUGAGCAUAUCCCAUGUCAUGAUGCAUCCUAUAUUAAAGAGUUGGUUCCGAAGUUAGAUCUUACUAGGAAGGAAGAGCUUGAGAGGCAUUGCCCUCCUCUGGAGAGGCGCUUGUUUUGUUUGGUGCCACCCCCAGUUGAUUAUAAGAUACCAAUCAGGUGGCCUAUUAGCCGGGAUUAUGUAUGGCGAAGCAAUGUCAACCACUCACAUCUUGCUGAAGUAAAAGGAGGGCAGAAUUGGGUGCAUGAGAAGGAUCAGCUAUGGUGGUUCCCAGGCGGUGGAACUCAUUUCAAGCAUGGAGCUUCUGAAUACAUUCAGAGAUUAGGGAAUAUGACAACCAAUGAGAAAGGUGACUUGCAUUUUGCAGGGGUAUUUCAAGUGCUUGAUGUUGGAUGUGGUGUGGCUAGUUUUUCAGCAUAUCUUCUUCCACUGGACAUAGAGACUAUGUCCUUUGCUCCCAAAGAUGGUCAUGAAAAUCAGAUUCAGUUUGCGUUGGAACGAGGGAUUGGGGCAAUGAUAUCUGCUUUAGCCACUAAACAAUUGCCAUAUCCAAGCAACUCCUUUGAAAUGGUCCAUUGCUCAAGAUGUCGUGUUGAUUGGCAUGAAAAUGAUGGUAUACUACUCAAGGAAGUGAAUCGCCUAUUAAGAUCAAAUGGAUAUUUUGUCUAUUCCGCUCCACCAGCGUAUAGGAAGGAUAAGGAUUUUCCGGAGAUAUGGGACAAGUUAGUGACAGUUGCUUCUGCAAUGUGUUGGAAACUGAUCGCUAGGCAAGUUCAAACUGCAAUAUGGGUCAAACAAGACAAUAAUUCUUGUCUUCAGCAUAAUGCAGAUCAGCAACUUGUAAAAUUGUGUGAUCCUGAGGACAAUUUGAUCCCUUCAUGGAAAACACAUCUGAGGAACUGUAUUACACUGAGUAACCCGACAUAUAACUCUAAAAAGCUCCCUCCACGUCCUCAGCGCCUUUCAGAGUAUUCACAAAGUCUCAUGACGAUAGGCGUUGAUCGCGAGAAGUUCUUGUCAGACACAAUCUAUUGGCAAGACCAAGUGCGCCACUAUUGGAGGUUGAUGGAUGUCGAAGAGAAAGAGAUUCGUAAUGUGAUGGACAUGAGCGCUUUCCUUGGUGGAUUUGCAGUUGCUUUUAACACAUGGCCGAUCUGGGUAAUGAAUGUAGUUCCUGCAAGCAUGAACAAUACACUCUCGGCCAUUUAUGACCGUGGUUUGGUAGGCACUUUUCACGACUGGUGUGAGCCCUUUUCAACAUAUCCACGGUCGUAUGAUCUGUUGCAUGCCAGCCAUCUUUUUUCUCACUAUAGAAAUCGUCGCGAUGAUGGUUGUUUGAUGGAAGAUAUUAUGUUGGAGAUGGAUCGUAUGCUAAGACCUCAGGGAUUCAUUAUUAUUAGAGAUGAAGAACCUGUUGUGACUAGGAUAAGAGAUAUCGCUCCGAAGUUCCUUUGGGAUGCUCAGUUACACUAUCUAGAAGAUGACCAAAGGAAAACGGAAGCUGUCUUACUCUGCAGGAAGAAGUUCUGGGCAAUUUCCAUUUGAGGCAAAGCUAUGCCUUUCGAAUUCUCGAUUCUGCCCAUAUGGAUGGACUGAGGAGGCAAGUGAGGAGGAUAAAAGCACUUGCAGAUUCCAUUGUAACAGAUAGGGAGAUGUGGGAGCCUAGUGGAGUCACAAUAGGACUUGCAAUCUUCAUUCACACUGCAUCUUGGUUGUCCUCUUGCCAACUCCACUCCUGUUUGGAAGCCUGCACAUUGUUUUAAGAGUAAAAUUCUAUAAAUAGUCCUUUAUAACAUGGAUAUUCCAUAUAUAUAAUCAUCAAUUCUAAGGUAUUAUAUUCGUGGUCUUCGAUAUUUGAGAACUGUUUCAUGAUCGUCCCAAAGAUGCAUAAGAGCAUAAGUUGUUGAGAUGAUGUAAUAAUAGUUGGGAAUAUUA